AUGGACUCCGAGGUGACAAAUUUGGUUGAAAAGGUAACUCGACUUUCAAGCGAUCAGAGGAAAGAGUUUUUCAGUAAUCUAGUUCAAAGAUUUCCUAAGGAACUACAUGAACAGUACAACAGCGCUCGCAUUGAUAAGGCAAUAGUGGACUCAGUCAAGCAAUUCCUGGACGCCAUCCGACGUCCUGGAGGGCAAAUCAAGAAUCUUCAGACAGCCAUAAGUGUUAUUUCUACGGCGGUAUCAGGCCCUCAGAUCAGGGAAAUCCGGGGGAACACAGACGCACUGCACAGGCGCGUGGGUUUAAAGAAAAGUGCCAUCAGGGCUGCAGGCGAGCGCUUCAAGGAAGUAGUUGGCGGAGCUAGCACCCAACCUGCUCGCCCAUACAGGCUGAUUGAGCGCUCGGACAAAAUUCCUAAGGGGGUCGUGGAGGAGAUUGCGUGUUUUUGGUACAACAACAGUGUACUCAGUCCACACGCGCGGGACAGUGUAAAGAUUCCGGGCACUGCUGCCGUAUACUUUCCACGGAGGAUAGUCCAAAAAACGUAUCGUCAGCUGUACUUGGAUUACCUGCAUCAGCACAGCACCGCCUUCCACGUGUCCUUUGGCUUCUUCGUGGGAGCAAAGCCUGGGUACGUCAAACCUUUUAGGGUUCCUGACGGUGUUGAAGACGAGCUUCGUCACGAGACCUUCGAUCCAACGGUCAAGGUCAGGCAGAUCUGCAAGGGCCAAGAUACAAGCAGUGAUCGUGUGGAGUACAUAGAAAAGCGUUGCAAGCUCUCUCAAGUUGAACGGUGGGUACUGAACGACUUCGGCGACUUUGCACAGCACCACUUCAGCAAGGUUUGGCAACGUCGCAUGUUUCACAUGCUGUCGGACCCAGAUCGGCAACUGGCCCACGAGCUCGUGACCACAGCCGACUUCUCUGAGAAGCUUGUGCUUAAGUACCAGAACGAGCCUAUGGCGAUGCACUGGGCCGGUGUUACCAUGUGCAUCCUCGUCGUUGUGGUGUACAUGAUCGACAACAGCAGGCCCAGUGGCGCUCAACACGUGGAGUCGCACUUCUUCAUAGGGUGCGGUGACUGCAAGCAGGAUGCAUCCUACGUGAAUUUGUCGUACAAAAUGCUCCUUGACGACAUUACAAGCAGGCCUGACAUGAAGGGCAUGAGAGUGCAACACGACUACUGUGAGGCGGGGCACGGCAAGGGUUUGCAUGACUCUGAGGGGGGCAUCAUCAAGCUUCGCCGCCCAGACGGCAUCCUGCUCAAGGAGGCUACGGAUGUUGUGGACUUCCUCAACCGUACUCAGAAGGUUCCAGCAGCGCAGGAGCCAUUGACAGGCACAGGCAAUGCUAGGAUUAAUGAGCGGUUUUUCCACCUUGUUACACCACAUCAGCUGCAGGUUGAGCAGUUCACCUGCAUCAGCUAUAAGACCGUGCAGUCCACGCAGAAAUUUCAUUCAGUACUCGCAGCAGGACCACCAAGGACAAUCCAUGUUCGGAAGCGCAGCUGUUCUUGUGAUUUUUGCCGCCAUUUCGCGGCUGGCGUGCCCAGUGCAACUGAUCGCUGUGCAUUCAGUGACCAUGUUGAUGACUGGUGCUGCAUUACACUUGAGCCGUCGACAGAAGCAGCCACAGCAGAACCAGAAAGCUCCACGGUUAUUGAUGUGGACACCGUGAUUGCGUUGCAAAAUGAUGAACCUGAUGACUUUCCUGGGUACGACUACUGCCUCAUGGUGGUCAAGGGAUUCAUGGAGCUGAACGAUGUGGAGUGGACUGACGGCGAUGGCAAGACAUUUUUACCUCCUGCCGAUAUCAUCAAGGGUCGGUGGCUUUACCAUGAUGGUAGCCACCUAUCAUUCUUCAAGGAUGGACGCCCAAGGCUGUCUGGGGCGCUAAAGAGCGACCUCCUUAUGGCUAACGUUCCGGUACAUGAAGAGGUGGAGGAUGUGUACACGAUUACAGAAGAGAUGCAUCAGGAAAUCAUAGCUAGAGCACAUGCCAAAUCUUUGCGUGCUCGUUCAGCAGGGACAUUGGCUCCUGCUUGCCCUUCCGCAUCCGCGGCAAUCGAAGCAGGGCGCUCUCCAUGCAGGAACAUGACCCAGGCAGCUCACGGCCGUGGAAGGGGGCGUGCGCUCUCCUGCACAGUAGAUGCAACGGACCAGAGAACAUCUCCGUACAAAUAUGCCGUCCAAAGCGUUUGGCUUUGCUGUGUUACACAAUACAAUGUUCUUCCUUGCUUCGAUCUGAGUUGGGGUGCUGUGUCACCGCAGAUGUACGGUGCUGGGUUUCCGCUGAGCAUUUGCUACCAGCAGUGUCAUGGGUGUAAGGAGCAGGACGAACAUCACACUAUCAAGGUCGUAAUCCAGGGCCCGGAGGACCCGUAG